CUAGAAACUGUGUGAGCUAUUUUUAGAAUGGUCAAUUCUCGUCCAUUGGAAGCGAUUUUUAUUUAUGGUGCGACGCGUAACUUUCUCGAGACCAAAAGGAUUUUUAAUGAUCGUUUCCCGAACCGUACUAUCUGUAGAAAAUAUUUAAGGGAACUUGUAUCUAAAUUUACAGCUACUGGUAGUGUAAACAACAAAAAGCCCCCAAGGUCAUCCGACCAUCCCGGAAGAAAAGCAAGUUCACUGUAUAUAAACCAUGACAAGCGAGGUUGGACUAAGCUUAGAACGCAAAUGUAUUUGGACCACAUAGACAGGCCGCUCGGUAUUGUAACUCACUACAGCUGCAGCACAUCUUCCAUGGUAUGACCUCUUCUUGCAAUAAUUUAUUCGCUUACCCCAAUGUAUUUUGCGAUUAUAGAGUUGAACUGCUCCAAACUAUUGUUGUCCUCAUCAUGAAUUAAACUCACUGCAUUCGUAAUUAAAAUUGUCGCAUAUGGCCUUUUAUUGUCCAUUAUCAACCUUGGUAAAAAGGCACUCAAGAACAAUCACACCGACAAGAGUAUCUACAGCACAACAAUUCAAC